AUGUCUUUAUCACCUCUCUUUGAGCAACUUAUUCCUAUUCGCCAAACAUGCUUUUCAAAAAACCCUUUGACUUCGCGACAAGAUAGCCAGCAACUCAAUGAGCGAUUACGCGACCUACUCGUCAUUCUAAAGAAGCGAUCAGAAUUUGAGACAUGCGAUGCAGCGAUCUAUGGCAUUCUAAAUGAUAUGCUUGUGGCAGCACUUUUACGUAUCAAAAAGGCAAAUGCACGAUACGACAGCACCGUUGAGAUAUGGCUUGAAUGUAUGCUUGCACUUGUCAGCUAUGAACGGUGGCAGCUUCUUGCUUCGUCACAACUUGUACAGCAGCUCGUGAUUUUGUUUUCAGACAUGAUUAUGCCACCCGAUAAAACAGCACGCGGAACCACAUUCCAGCAACAACAGCAACCUGAAGAAAUCCAGCAUUUAGCAAUCCAAUGUCUCUCAUCGAUUCUUCCAGUACAAAAAGGCAGCUAUUCUUCAUUAUCGCCUAGACCUGAUUUGAUACAAGCGUUGCAGGAUGUGAAGUUUCGAUCUCAAAUUGGUUACACCGUCACUGCAUUGCUCGAAUUAUCGCUCAAAGCCGAUGCCAUGGAAAUGCGACUUGAUGCCAUGGCAACGCUCAGACAACUUUUAUUGGACAAUCUCAGAGAUGAGGAUAUCAUUGCUUUCAUGUUGCCAAAGAUCGUAUCCAAUCUAUGUCGUAUCAUGUACCAAAAGAAGGAAAAAGAGAACCAUCGCAUUUUGGUGAUUGCAUUGGAUGUCCUGGGUGAUGUGCUGGUGCAUGUUCUUUGUGAUUCCAACACUCCUGAUUAUAUAAGUCCAGCCGUUCAUUCAUUUCAGGAUUUGGCACAUGUCGGCAUUUUGGCAAAGACGACAAACACAAUACCUGAAGAGCAGGAGCAGCAGCAGCAACAACAACAACGCACCAAGGAAUGGUAUGAAACAAUUCAACAGCGGAUCGAGGAGCAAUUGCAGACUAUUUUGGGAGGUGGUGGACAACACAGCGAAUGGCGUGUACGACGAGCCUAUGUUCGAUUUGCAAACAAGCUGUUGACACGAUGUACACAAACAUUGGACAAAUGUGUGCCAUUGUUACUCAAGACGAUGGUGCUACACUUUGAUGAUCCAUACAAGCAAGUAGCCGUCGAAUGUAAGAUGCUUGUUGGGGAGUUAAUGACAAGUGAAUCUUCUCCGCAAUUGACGAUCAUCCCCACUCUUCAAUCCAAUCUUUAUGUAUCUCUUACAAGUCUUCCUACAUGUUUGAUCUCUGGUGGUGACGAACAAGAGAAGGCGAGUGCUAUGGCUUUGAUCACUGGCUACGUCCUCAUUCUUGGAAAGCACGCUGAAAGUGUUCUUGAUAAGGGUAUCACUCGCAAUGCGGAUGCAUGGCUUGCUGCACUCACUGUGGAUCGUGAUGGUCUCAACAUUCUUGAUGAAGCAUGGCAAAAGAGUGAAAAGUACGUCGAUUUGCAACAAGAGGAUUCAGCCACAGCAUCCUUGGUCUAUCCCAAAUUCCGAUUCAAGCAUCUGGUUGCCGAGCACACGGUUGAACAGGCGACACGCAUGUUGAAUGUCAUUGGAAGCAAGAGCAGUGAUGUCGGUUAUUGGAUCAAUUUCUUCAAAGGAUUCAUUCAUCCAUUUAACGACAAUGAAUGGGAGCCACAAGCCAUCUUCGUGAUUCAUGCCCUUCUUUCAGGCGCUUCCUCUCGUGAUGAAGAUGAUGGUGGCGAUUGGGGAUUGCGUAUACCCAAGGAAGAAGAUGAUAUGGGAGAAAAGCAAGCCUUCAAAACUGUGGCAUUACAGGCGCUUCAUGAUAUGAUGGAAAUGGUGAUUGAUCCAGCAGAAGAGGAUCCAUUGUCUCAAAGCAAGGCCAUGGUAUCAACCACACCAGCAACGACGAUGACAACCACUGAGAUGGAGACUUCCAAGGUGCUUUCAAUAUGUUUUGGAUUACAAACAGUGGGACUAUUGGCGUGUAUUUUGGAGCGAGAGUAUAUGCAAGAUGAGUUGAUCACGAUAUUGUAUCCGCUACUGGCACAUCUCGGUUCACCCAACAUUUCGAUCCACAGCUACGCAUUGACAACAUUGGAUGUGAUUGCUCUUGUAUGUGGGCAGAGGAGCGCAAAGGAGUUAUCAGUGGCCAAUUGUGAUUAUAUCAUCAACAUGGUGACACGCCGUAUGACGGUGCUUGCUGACAACAUGCGAGGUCCACUUGUGCUCAAGGCUCUUGUUCGUAUUGGUGGUCAUGCCAUGGUUGACUAUCUUGGUGAUACAGUUGAAGAAAUCUUUGAUGCACUUGACAGGUUCCACAUGCAUGGAUGGUUAUGUGCACAACUAUGCAGCGUGCUUACGGAGAUCGUCCUUGUCUUUUAUCGAUCCACCGGCUUACUCGACAUUGAGCCUUUCACUGAUGACGACAUUGAAGCAACAGGAAAAGUGGAACAGCAUCAAGAGGAUAUCAACCCUAUUUCGAAGGAGAUUUAUGAGUUUAUUCAGGCACAGCAACAACAAAAAGAGUGUAUUGACGACCCAGUUGACAAGGCGACAACGGAAGAAAUUGGACGUUAUUUCUUGGAGCGACAACGUCAAAAGGAGAACGAGCAACAGAAGGAGGAGGAGAAGAAGAUGAAAGGAAUGACAAUGGAUGAGGAUGAAGAUGAUACAGCAACAAUGAAUCAUGGCAAUGAUGAUGAUGAUAAGAUACCCCUUUCGCCAACUGAAAAGAUGACGGCUGAUAUCCUGCAAAAGGCACAACACUUUUUGACAUCUCCAUCACCCAAUGUACGAUCAGAAAUACUUGCGCUAUUUGGUAAUGGUGCGUUUGUAUUACAAGGACGACCCGAGACUUUGGUACCUUUGAUUGCUACAGUAUGGCCAUCCAUUAUGCAACGAUUGAAAUCCGACAAUGAACAACAUCAUACGAUCAUACAAGCUGUGGUAUGCGUUGGACGACUAGCAGAGAGUGUGGGGGAUGCACUAUCACGCCGAUUUGAGAAACAAGUGUGGCCACGAUUUCGUACAUUGAUGCAACAAGGACAAAGUGAAGGUGUAGCGCAAUACUAUUCGCCGUUUUCUUACAUGAGUCGUUUGCAUGGAUCCAUUCUUCAAGCUAUCACCAAGGUAGUUGAUCACGUGGAUGUAUCCGCUGAACUUGUUCCCGAGCUGCAGGCAGCCACUCAACGUUUUUUGGACGAGCGUUUUCAUCCGGACUUGCAAGAAUACGCCAUCACGCUUAUGAUAUCACUUGCCAAACGACAUCCAGACACCGUAUGGCUAGGUCUAUUCUCAUUGUUGGGCGACAAGGCACGAAUAGUAGCCCCUGAUCCCAUGUUGAAUGAUUUUGUGGUACCGGAAUGGUCAAGAAACAAGGACAAAUAUUUAGUGAGGAAUGCACGAAAACUGUUGGAUCAAAUUGCGUAA